GUUUUACUACGCCAACGUGGCCCCGCAGUGGCAGAUCUUCAAUGGCGACAUGUGGGCCGAUCUGGAGCAGACGACCCGAACAAAGUUGAGCAGCGAGAACGGCACGUCCAAACACGUGRUCGUCACCGGGGCGUACGACGUGUGUACGCUGGCCGACGUGGACGGCGUCCAACAACCACUGUACCUCGACCUGCCCGGUAGCAUACCAGUGCCGCUGUUCUACUGGAAGCUGUACUACGACGUGGACGCGGCGGACGGCAUCGUGUACAUUGGUCUCAACAACCCGUACAAGGAGAUCGACGACAGCGUGUACAUAUGUCCCAACAUAUGUCCGGCCGGUUACCACGGUCGCGGUUACCAAGGCAGCGAUCCACGGAAAGAUCAGCCMGCCGCCGGGGCCCACGAGAACGAUCAGGAUUCGGACGCCAACGACGGGCUCAUCUACUGCUGUACCAAAGAGUCGUUCGAGGAGGCUUACGGCAAGCUGGACCCGAUCGUAUACCGACAGCUGAUGUGAACACGAAAUCCUAACUAGACGCAGGCCCCUCGUGUUAUAUACAGUUACCUCUACCUAUAUCACUAUACUACAUUAUAUGUUAUUUAUGGUUGCGACGAACGACGUAUAUUCCUAGAUUCUUAGCUACAUUCGUUAUCCGUGGGCAUUCACAUUUAGAAUUACUUUUCGUCAUACAAUUAAGUACUAUUCGUUACUGAAUUAAUAUUAAAAGCAAUCGUGUUGCAUAUACCUAUACAAAUAGUUAAUCAAUAAAAUAUAUAUUAU